AUGGCUAGCGCUGCACGACGAGCGCCGCUCGCCAGCAUUCCAAAUGCCACCAACAGCCCGCACCGCCUGCUAACCAACAGCGGCUCCAAACGUCCCCGACACCAGGCCAAUGUCUCGCAGCAGGAGAACGAACAUCCUCACAAGCGUCUCGCCGUCGACAGAGCAGACAAUGGCCCUGCCACCCCUGCUCGUCCGACUGCUGAAGGUCAAGUCUUCGAGCGAGGCAAUGGUACCAUUGGCUCGACUGCCUUUCAGAAAAGGCUAGUGGCUGCUAGAGAGAAGACCAGCAUGCGUGUUACCAAAAACGUCGAAUCUAACUCAAAGGAAGACUCGAUCAGACAAUGGCAGAAGCACUACAGAAGGCUGUUUCCGACCUACAGUUUCUACUUUGACAGUGUUGGUGAUGAUGCCAGAGCCCGUUUCGUGCGCCACAUAUCGGCCCUAGGAGCGAAAGAAGAGAAGUUCUUUUCGAAAUCCGUCACCCACAUCAUCACCACCCGUUCCAUCCCUUCAGAAGAUGUCUCCUCUGCUGCAUCGGCCUCGUCCGGCCAGGAUGACCAGCUACAGACAAUCAAUCCGUCACUGCUCGAUAAGACCAUCCGACAAAGAAGAGAGAAUGUCAACGUUGACAUCCUCCACCGCGGUCGUCAGAUGGGCAUGAAGAUCUGGGCGGCAGAAAAGCUGCAACGUGUAUUGACCUCGAUACUGGACGACGGCUCAAGCCAGACCAGUCGUGCUCCUGCGACGCGUCCGCAGGAAGAGUUGUCGCAAGCGCUGCGGAAGGACAAGAUUGCCGCAUCAGAGAGGGACCAGCCCAGCCAGCUGCGUGAUCUUGUUCCCUUCAAAGGCCCUUAUAUCUAUGUCCACGACAUGGAUGAGAAGUAUCGGCCAACUAUGGUUCGUGAAUACAAGCCAGCUCGCCGCGGAGAAGGAGAAUGGCCGCAAUUCCGGUCCGCCGCUGUAGGGAAAUGCCCUUUUGUGGAGGAUCCAGGGUACAAACAACGAGAAACAGAGCAAGACAGGGCCCGCAGAGCCGCACAGCAGCGCCGAACCCAGGAGAUGCAGCCUCCACGCCGAGUCAGUCCUCGGAAGGCUCUGAGAGAAGUCCACCAUAAUCCAGCGCCGACGCCUGCCACCAUAAACCCAGCCCACCUACAUAAACGCGCCGAUUCCAACCUGUCAUUCCCACCUAUGCCUCAACAGUCUGGGGACUUCCUGCGCGCACCGGGCUCACUGCUUUCCAUGUCACGCGAGCCUGCUGCUUCUGGCAUUCAACCUUCCAAAAUGACAUCUGCCAUUCAGUCCAACAUGAUCUCCUCUACCGCUGCCACGGGCGUCAAAAGCACCACCAGCAAAGAAGUUCAUGAGCUCAAGCGCAAGGUCCUCGAGCGCACCAAUACUGGCUCGCUCUCCGUUGGAUCAAUUCCAUCCUCGCACCGCAUGAAUGAUCUAGCGGGCACGUUGAAGAAUGCUAGAGCUCCUCCGCCGACGAGAGCCGCCAAGAGUAAAGCCCAGGAAAAGCUCGGGGUCGUCGAGGAGGAUGACGAUGAAUCUAUGCAACCGAAGAUGAAACAGAGCAAUAACAAGAAGAAGAGCAUGCAAAGAGACCCUAAGCCAGGGUAUUGUGAGAAUUGCCGGGAUAAAUAUGAUGACUUUGAGGAGCAUAUUCUCAGCAGAAAGCACCGCAAGUUUGCGACCACACAGAGUAAUUGGGAAGAGCUCGAUGCCCUUCUGGCAAAGUUGCAGCAACCAUGA